UUUUCAUUGAUGAUAUGUGGGGUAGUAAUUGAGAGCUUUGAUGCUCCACGAAGGAUGUUCAUGUUUGUGUAGCCCUUUUGGAUGUUCACUUUAGUAGUGUUGUUGAUGUUCGCUUUAGUAGGGCUUUUGGAUGUUCACUUUAAUAUUUGACGAUAUGUAUGAAUAUACACCACAAGAGUACAGGACUGGUACGAGGAGAAAAUUGAUUGUCCACAGAAAACGAUCUAGAAUCGGCACCAAAAAAGCCAUUCCAAGAGAAAAAAUCAUAUUAAGCAAUGCUGCACCAUUGGCAGUCCCGGACUCUGAUGAGGAUGACCACGUGCCGCUUGCUAGAAGGAUACGAUUAUACCAACAGCAGCCUCGGCCAGAUGAUGCAGAACAAGCAGAGCCCGUGUGCAAGAGCAAUCAUAAAAGUCCUAUAGAAGAAAACACUAAACACACGGAUAAAUCCCCACACACGCCACAAGCAGCACAUGUCCAGCUCAGUGACUAUGACUUUGACCGCGAAUUCGACAUCUCGAUCGUUCAGUGUCCUAAAUUUGAGGAAGUUCUGAAUAAUGUUAAACAGGGGUGCGAAUCAAAGGCCAUAGUCAUGCAACCCCUACAAACUGUGUUGCCAAACAAAUCAGGCUACCAUACACCGAGUCCAGGGAGGCCUAGCUUUUCACUCGGUUUAACGCAGUUUGAGAAGACUCCAACCCCUUCCCUGAUUCAAUCAAUUCAUCCAAGCCUAAAAAAAAUAAAGUUGGGGGAGAUUAAGGAGAAACAAAUCAGAUCAUGGAUAGUGGACUCGUCCUUGAACGAAAAUCAAGAUUUAGCUAAGUAUGAAGGACGAAACUACAUGGUAUUACAAAGGAAGGACUUCUGGUCCUUGAAACCCCGCAAUUGGGUCAACAGCUGCGUAAUUCAAUGGAUGUGCUACUCUUUCAAUGACAUCGAAUCAUCUAGGUUCAAGCGAGAUUUCUAUUGCAUGUCUCCAGGUAUCUUGCAUCUGGCGUCAUUUAUUGAUGGUGUGAGGCCAAUUUAUGCCGGUCUUAGCCCAAGCUUCGGUGAGGAUACAAGGUUCUUUGACAAAGUAGUGGCAGCAAAGAGAAAAUGGUGGUUAUUUCCUUAUUGUCGGGGAGGUCAUUGGUGGAUAUAUGCAUUUGAGGUGAAUGCGAAGCGAAUAGCUAUACUCGACAGUUUGCAUUCUGCACCAGUACAUGAUGAACGAGAUAAGCUCGAUGCAUAUGUGGGGAGACUGUGUGAGGAUAUGGCAAGCAUUGCUAUUCCUGCCUUCGUUCGGAGUACCUACGGCCCAGCUCGUUCCUACGCCAAGGUCCCAAUGCAACCGAACAACUUUGACUGUGGCAUGUGCGUUAUAAACUAAUGGAAAGGUGGACAGAAGAUCGUGAACUCUACGAAUGGGACGAGGAUUCACUCAGAUCACACCGGAUGGAGUUGAUGCUGGAUAUUAUUUGUGGCCAACACAAUGCAUUGAUUGACCAGCUUAUUUCAUUGUUAGAGGAAAAGGGUAAACCUGUUCGGGGCAAUGCACCACGGAACAAGAAGAAUGACGUUAGUUCACCAUACACUGCACCUAGCACGCGGUCAUUGAUUGAACGUGCGGAAGGAUUACCGAAGGGGGCACUGCGCAAAGGGAGGAAGAAGUUGCUUACUUAGGUUUAGCUCCAGUGAAUUGAACUACCAUAUAGUGAUUAUUUUACUUGCUGAUGAUAUGCUUACGGAUUUAUUUAUGGCACAUUAGAGUUACAUGAUUCCAAGAUGAAUUUUUUUAGGAUCGACAUUAUAAUGAUACGUUGGUUAUGUUACCAUGUAAGGGUCUUUGUUUUUUGGCAGCUUAGC